AUGGCGAGCGAUCACGAAGAUCAGUCAGUUAAUCCAGCAAAUAGCGAGGUGGUAAUAAAUUGCGUAGCAUUUUUUUACGAAGAAGGAAAAGGGGGGGAAAAUUACAGGAAAAAAAACAAGUUCCGUUGUUUGGUGAAGCGAGGGGAGAAGAGGCUGGUAAAAUUCAGGGAAACCGUUUGGUAAGUACUAUCUUCUUAUACUUAAUCCUAUCCUACCUUAAAAGUACAUCGAUUAUCGACAUUAUCCUGUCCUUCAGUCCACUUAAAAAAAUACUGAUAGUUAUCGGACCUUAUCGUUUAUGAGCUUCACUGAAAGGCCACCAAAACGCUUCAAAUUCUUCAAAUGACCAGCAUGACCCAAAGACCCAAAUAUUUUGUUGGAUCAUCGAUGACCAACAAGCUUGAGUUUGGUGGUAUAAUGUCUGCAAUGAUCUAAUCCUGUGGUAAAUAGUGCGAAAUUUAUUUUUACUACUAACCGCGAAAAACGAACAACUGCUUGGCGUCCUUGACUGUUUCAAUAUAGGUCAUAAUAUAAUAAAGAAAUGAAGCAAUUGAGAUUACCACGCCAUUGCACAUCUGUCCACAUCUCAGUGUUACUAUCUAUUAUUAAUUAUUAACUUUGCCCUUUUUAUCUUAAACCAACUAAAGAUCUGUAAGAAAUAUCCACUUGAACAUCUUUCUAGCUAGCAUCUUCAGCUUUUACAUUUUUUAGAGACAAUGAAAUUUUUCAACCAUCUAAACUUUUCAACGAAAUUUUUCAACGUUCUAAACUAAGAGACUGUAAUAUUACUUUUCACUUAUUUUUUGAUCUUUUUUUGCUUUGUAAAAUGAUGAGGGUGGGUGUCUGAACACAACUGCAAUAAAUUAGGGAUUUAACUUUAUAUUUUCUUUUACCAGUGAAUUUGCUGGAAUAAGGCAAACAGCAAGGGCUCUUGGACUGGGAGAAAAUGUGGCAAUAUCGUUAAACAGGUAGGCUUCAGUCGAAAGUCCCAGAAUUAGUACAUGUAUUUAAGCCAUUAUACAUAGGAUCCUAUAGGUUGACAGCCCCAACAGGUUCUAUUCUUUGAUUUUUUUCAGUGAAAUUCGGUCGUUUGAAAAAGGUCUGAUUUCACAUAACAAUUUUCCAAAAGGAAGUGGAAUUAUAUCAUGGUGUUUUUUUUUCUUUACCUUUUCAUCCAUAUGCAUUCAAAGAGAAACUAAGCAGGACGGCAGGACAGAGCGCAUAUCAAUCGAAACAGAUCGCCAGCUAGAUCUGGAACUACCUUCGAUAGAAAAUGGAACUGACAAAUUACAAAGUAAGUAUUUUUAAGGAAUUCAUCAGCAUUGCCAUAAUUUUCUGUCGAUAUCAAUUUGGGCUCAAUCACUGUCCUCAUCAAACAUUUUUUUUUUGUUCAUUUCAGUUAUUGUUUAUCCAGUCAAAACAGUCUUCGCAACCAACAGCCCCACCAUUAUAAUUAAAGAAACCAGUACUGGCAGGGAUCCUGGAAAGGCAGGGUCAAAAUCAUCAGGACCUUCAGUACCAAGUUCCUCCCCAGCACUAACGGAACACGAACAGAAGCAGCUGAACGAAGGUACUGAUACUCAUAACUAUCGGCUUUUCAAUGAAACGCCAAAGAGAUUUUAAAAUGUCCAAUUUAUAUUUACGUCAGUCCUGUGAAAUGCUAUCUGCUCAGUUCUCCAUGGACUUACCAUUAUUCAAAUGGUACCGCUUUAACAAAGGUUCGAAAUAUUAGAUAUAUUAUUAAUAUUGGUCUACUCAGAAGUUUUAUUUACUUUUUUUGUUGCUAGAACUAUCAAAGAGAGAAAAUAGUAAUCUUUUUAAGUGUCACACGCACAAUGAGGCCAGAGUAAGGGGAAAGGUCGUUAUUUGGCCGUGGAGAAUCAGGUGUGGCAUUUGCACCAGAAACGUACAGCUACGAUGUGACUCAGAUCUGAAGGGACGGAUAUCAUAUUUUGAUAGACGUAAGUUGUUCAUUGUCAUAAACAGCAAGCCAUAGCCAUAUCUGCUGGUUAUUUGACCAUUAUUGCUUCAAUUUAGUAUCGAUUGCUGGAAAAAUGCCCAGACGAAAGCUGUAAACAAAAUUAUUUUGGGGCUGUCUAGAGUGAUUUUAAAACUCCUCUCCUCAUUCGUUCGGUAAUUCAAGAAGAGCUCCAUUUUAAUCCAGUCGGUCAUCCUACAGGUCCUACAGCGACUUAAGCUUUUCAGAAAUGCAUUGACUUUCUAUUAUUUUCCUGGAAAUUUAAGUGAUUAUUAAUGGUAACGAGUAAGAGUUUGGUUGGAAUAUAUUUGUCGUAAUUUAUCUUUUUUAAGCGCGUUUUCAUAUAUAUAACACACGGCAUUUUAAGGAAGUGAAAAGUAGGGAAGCAGAUUUGCCUCAUUUUGAAAACGUAUAUGAUUUGCCGCAUAGCAAAAAUAUCGAAUAUUAUUUACUCGUAUCUAACAAUACUUUUAAUUUUCCAAGAUCAUUUUACCAAAUGCAAACAAAGCCGAGAUGGUCAAGGUUCUGUCCAAGACGCCAGACAAAAGAACAUCAAAGAUUUUUUACAGGGAGUGAAAAGAAAAGGGGAAUCAGCUAAUGCAUCUAGGAAAGGGAAGAUUCAGAAGAAGACAGAGGAAGAAAGUACCGAAAUUGACUCGGACAUCGAUGCUUCUGACCUCGAACAGUAAAUAUGUUUAGCUAUUUACACUUUCGAGUAUUCCAUUAUAUUAAUAUAGAAGGCCUUUGUCAUUGAGAGACAGACUUGAACAACCAGGCAUGUACAUGUCUGCUGCCACUGAUAUUAUUAAUCGACAUCGCUGAGGGAGCCACUGAAUGGUCCUUACUUUUAAUUAUUAUUGUCAUAUGAUAUUUAAUCUGAUGUGUGGUACAACCCACGUUGUUAAUCUUGUAUGUUGUGUACUGUAAUAUGAGUGUGGCGAAUUCAGCGGAAGUAAUAAAAACCCAAAGAUUGUUUUCGUCUAGGUCCUAUGACUCCAGUAAUGAGGAAAACGAUUCUGUCGAUUCUAUAUGCAGCGGCGAAGGAGACAGUGAGUCCGACUAUGAUCAGAAUAGUGACGAGGAGGACUGCUUCUGUGUUGCAUCCGAUACUGAAAGGUGUGGUCUUGACGAUGAAAUCGAUAGUCUUGAUGGGGAUGAUCUUUAUGCUGUGCACGUAGGUGUUGAAACCGCGGAUCCAUUAUGUGUUAAGCUGAAUGAUUUAAUCAAAAGAGGAAAAAUCCCAAAGGAAAGAAUAUUGUACAGAUACUUAAAUGACGUCGUAGAAAUAAUGUACAACCCAUUUCACAAAUAUGAUCCCGAAGUCGUCGAGUUUUUUAAUACCAUCACCUACCUUGGUGGAAAGCGCACAGCUAAUUUCAUUAGAGGGCCUAUGAAUGUAGGGGAUGGGCGGCACAGCCACCUCAACCACGAACAGGACAAAAAAAUCAACCUGGGUGGACCAUCCGAAUCACUUAUUCAAAAGUCCCAAGCAGGAUACAAUCCGGAAUCCGGUGUCAUCAAGCCGCUAUCCUUAGGACAUAUUGAACUUCUGAAAAACUCUGAAGCCAAACCUCUUAUCAAAACCGCCAAUCUUUUGGUAAUUCCUUGCGCCCUAGCAAAUGAUGGGACAGCACUUAAACCCGCGAUUGAAUUUGACGCGCGCCUCAAAGAAAACGUGGGUUUGAAAUUUCCAGUUGAUUUAGAAUACAUUAAGAAGAACCAGAAACCAUCCCCCGAACAUCUUAGAGACAACAUUAUCACAGAGGCAAUUGUCUCAUCGCUCACGUCUUUAGAUAACUUCUGUUCCCUACCCGUGGCUGUAGACUACUCAACACAGUCAGGGAAGACCGCUCAGACUAUGUCAAGCCUUUUUGAGGAACACAUCAAAACGUUACAGGUUUGCCAGGCAUGCCAAGAAAGAUUGCCAGGUCGACGUCAUAUUAUUUCAUCCAAUCAAAUAAAUUGCACCAGUUUUUGCCACACAUGCUACGACGCAAAAACAGUGUGUCCUAAAUGCAAGGUGGCAGGGCAAGUCAGUUAUGUACCUUCAUUAAGAGCUUGUGAUGCAUGCCUUGGGCGAAACAUUGUUUGUACUCGGCGAGUGGUAAUGGUGUUAUGUAGCGACUGUGAAACAGGAAACAAAAAAUGCUUUUGA